AUGGCUUCUGUAAGCAGAAAACGACCUUGUAAUGGCUCAGGAGAUAUGCUACCAAAUAAAAGACGCAAGCAAGAAAAAGAUAUUUCAAAAAAAGACAUCUUGCAAAAAUUUGAAGAGUGGUUUCAUCAGAAGCAUGGAGCAAUAAACAUUAGACAUUUAUACAUGGGAGAUGUCUGCUCAAGUACAGAAAAUUUGACAAAAGGGACAAGAGUUAUUGUUUCCGUUAUUGAGAGUGAGACAGCUAUUGAAAAUGAAAAAUACCAAUGCGAUGGAGAAAAAUUUGCUGUCGUUUAUAAACUUUGGAAGGAAAAUACUGUGUCGGAUGAAACGGAUGAAAAUGAAGUUUAUGGUCAUGAAAAGAUAAAAGAAAUCACCAAGUACCUGAAAGAAAAUGCAGAUUCAAUAAUGAAAAAACACUCAAACCUUGAAAUGAUCCGUGCAUCGGGAUUUCGAAUAAAGCGGAACAAAGCAAAGAAGAAAAAGGCUGUUUCUGAACCUUGUAUAGCCAUAUAUUGUUCCUAUAAAGGCGUUGUUCCCGUCGGUGAAGAAGAAUUUCCUACAGAAUUAGAUGGAUUCGCUACGGAUAUAAGGGAGGGUUGUUUUCAUUUGCAUGGCAACUAUGAUAUUUGUGCAAACUCAAAAGAUCAGCUUGAUCCCCUAAGAAUGGGCGCAAGCAUAUCACGUGAAAGUGGCGGAGAUGGACAUGGAACACUUGGUGGAUUCGUCCAGUUGAAUGAUGGUGAAAUUGGAUUCAUAACAUGUGCCCAUGUUUUGCAUUCGGUAGAUGAAAUGUUGAGAAAUGCAUCUAAUUUGCAAUAUCCUGUUGUUCAGCCAUCCGUAUGGUACGAAGGGUCACAAAGAUGUGGUAAUGUUUUUAAGUCAGUUUUUCCUUCCUCUGCCAUUGUAGACGGAGUUAGUGUUGAUGCAGCAGUUGUCAAAUUGACAAAUCGGAUUCCAAAGAAAGCAUUACUCGCAGAUCUGACGACGGAUUCUCUAGAAGUUUACUUCCAACAGUUUUGUUGUGGUAAAAUACGUUCUGGGCCUCGAAGAAUCACAAGAUCAUUCGAAUGA